UGAUUGUUGUGUCAGGAGAGAGAAGCAUGUCCCCCUUCACUCUCCUCUCUCUCUAGCUUUUGGGGGUUCUAUAUAAGAGACACUAUCUUCAUUUUGUUCUCUUUGUCCCUCUACCUUCCAUACAUUUCAUACAAUCUCUCUCUCUCCCUUACAACAACAUAAACCCACUUCAUUUCGAUUCUAGUUAAGUCUCUUCUUCCCCUAAAGAAACAGAACUUGUCGAGAUGGAGAGGCUAAACUCGAAGCUCUACUUGCAAAACUGUUAUAUAAUAAAGGAGAACGAGAGGUUGAGGAAGAAAGCUCAGAUUCUGAAUCAAGAGAAUCAACAACUCCUCUUCGAACUCAAACAGAAGCUCUCAAAUGGAUCAUCAAACCAAGGAAACAACAACAACAAUCUCUCUUCAUCAUCAAGCUCUGCUUCUGGACAUUAAUCCUGAUCAUGGAACAACAACAACAACAACAAAAACUCUUUAGGACAAGAUUUGGAUUUGGUUAACUAGAAGAACCCUAUAUCAUCCAUUUUCUUUUCUUCUAUUGGUGUAGUAAUGUAAGAAAAAAAAAUAGUUAAGAAUAGUUUGGUUAGUGGUAUUAUUAUUAUUAUUAUUAUUAAUUAUCGAGUAGUUUUUAAAAAUUUAUAUUUGGUGGGUUCUUCUUUCUUCCUGAUUUACUAGAAAAAGGACAGAAGCGUUGUGUGCUCUCUCUGACCUAUUCUUCUUCAGUUCUUCUCUCAGGGAUAUUUUA